CACUGCUGAAAAAGGAGCCGAGGGAGAGGGAUGUGACGACAAAAGGAACGUCCGGUGAGGAGCUCGGACGGCGCGAGUUGGUUUGACCGCCCCACCGGCCCCUCUGCCAGCCAUAUCGACUGUUCCACCUGCUGAAGUUUCUUCUGACCAACAGGGGAGCAAUCUGGGCCCUGCCGAGGCCGCGAGCAACAACAGAACACAAAGCCAUCUACACCUAUAUCCGCGCAUGCGCUAAACCAAACAGCUCAGGCAACGUGCACCACGGACCCACAUGUAUCUCUUUUGUCCUCAGUGCGGGACCCUUCUGGUGGUGGAAGAGGGACCUUCAACCCUCAGGUUUUCUUGCAACACCUGCCCCUAUGUCCAGAACAUCACGGAAAAGGUUUCAUCAGUGCAGUUUCCAAGGUUGAAAGAGGUCGACGACGUGCUAGGGGGCCAGGCAGCAUGGGAGAAUGUGGACACAACGGAAGAAACUUGUCCAAAGUGUGAACAAUCGAGAGCAUACUUUGUUCAGAUGCAGACGCGUUCAGCUGACGAGCCAAUGACCAUCUUCUACAAGUGUUGUAAUCCAGACUGUAACCACAGGUGGAAGGAAUAGACUAUUUCUCCAACCAUAUUCAAAUAUCACUUUGCUGGCUGCUGUGCUUUUUCAUGAGAGAACCUUCAGUAGCAUUUAAUUUUUU